AUGGAUGCUAAAGCAGUGAAGUCUUGUCUCAACUUGGUUAGGAAACAUAAUUUGGAGAGGCUGAGAGAUAUUCUGAGAUAUUUGGAAAUGGAUCAGAGGCCAAACUUUGUUGAGAAUGGAGGACUCAAAUUGCCUAUUGGAUAUAGGUUUCAUCCAACGGAUGAAGAGCUUGUUGUUCAUUACUUGAAACGAAAGGUCCUUAGUCUUCCAUUGCCAGCUUCUGUCAUUCCUGAGUUUGAUGUAUUCCAAACUGAUCCUUGGAGCUUGCCAGGUAAUUCGAAGGAAAAGAUGUACUUCUUUGGCCAAAAGAAUUUGAAUGACUUUGGAACAAAAUGCAAGACAGCCGCUGGUUCUGGACCUUCUGGUUACUGGAAACCUAUUGGCAAAGGCAAGCUAAUUGUAGCUUCUGGUAGCAACCAAGCAGUUGGAAUAAGGAAAACCCUGGUUUUCAGAGAAAGAAAGCAUUCUAGCAAUACUAGAACUCAAUGGUUUAUGCAUGAAUAUUCCCUUUUAGGCAUGGCAACAGACUCCAAAGCAACCCAGAUGAAGGUGGGAGAUUGGGUUGCUCAUAGUAUAUUUCAGAGGAAGAGGAAACCUAAAAACCAUGUGGUCAUGAUUUCCAACCCCUCAAACAUUAACAAGACUCAAAAUGUCGAGAACAUCAGUCCUAGUUUUAUGGAUUUUACGAUGGAACAAAGCUCUGAUGGAGCUGCUCCUCCUUCCCCAUGUUCAAGUGGAGUCACCGAGCUGGUCUCUUCUAAUGAUCAGUCGGAGGAGGAAGAAAUCAGUUCCUUCAUUAGCCUCUUUUCUUAUCCUUGUAAGAGGAGGAGAACUUAG